CAUGGCAAGUGGGAGGAACCACAGCUGUGUUUCACACUACAAAAAUCACUUCCCUGUGAGUUCACUAAGAAUUCUGGCUUACACCUGUUCAACGCUCAUAUUCAUGAUUGAUCACUUCUAGAAAGCAUUCAAAGUUCCUGACUUAUCUCUGUCAGUUUCUGAGCAGUGAGGGCCAUGCUGUACAUAGAGUUGAUCAAGCUGUGGGACGAGGCUGUGAGAGCAAUAGACAGCCGGGACUGGCAGGGUGCUCUCACUAAACUCAACCAGAUCACUGAACACAACUGUCGCACUAUGUUUGUGGUUGCUUCGACACACAUUGCCCUGGGUCAGGUGGAAUCGGCCAUCAAGGCUCUCGACCAGGUAAUCGCAAAGGAUUCAUGUCUUGCUGUGGGAUUUUUUCAGAGGUCUGCCGUUCAUAUGAUGGCAAAUAGGCUGGAGGAGGCAUUGGCUGAUUGUAUAUGGGCGCAGAAAUUCAUGAGGGAAAACCCUGUUAUUGACUACAAACAGCUGGGUCUUCGCUUUAAAUUGUACACCUGGCAGGUCCUUUAUAAUGCAGCAGCCGUCCACUCUAGACUGCAGCAAUGGGACAAAGCCAGGGAAAUUCUGACGGCGGCCUCACAGGAGAGAGGAGCGGGCCGGAGCAACUUGAUAGACAUAGCUCUAGAGGCUAUUUCUAGGAGAGAGGUUUUGGAGCCUCUCUUGGUUCCUGAGGGUGAAGUGUUCCGUCCCAGGAAACAGGAGGUAGACCAGCUUAAACCGAGGGACUUCUUGGGUGUAUCUAAGGUCAUCACUUCUUUGAUUCCAAAUGAUGACUUCAGAGGUUUUGAUCCUCUCAGACCACAGAAACCAGGGUACUAUGAGCCAAAGGUAGAAGAUGGCCAGGACUCUCGUUACAUGAUAACGAAGAGUGCAUAUGUGGCAAAAGGGGCAGGGGAGCUGACGGUGCCUGCAGGAGCAGAAGUGUUUUUGUACAGUGAUGAUGACAAGGACGGACUGGCAGUCGUCAUUUAUGAUGGAAAGAAAGGUCUGGUUCCAAAGUUCCUGCUUGAACCCAUGGGCAAGAAAAACAAGGGGAAAACCAAGCGAAUUGAACUUGCCAAUGGCAUCCCACUUCCACCAGCCCUAAAACCCCCAAAUCGACCACAAGCUCCAUCUCAACGUUCUUUAGAGUUGCAGCCCUCCUAUGCCGCUGCUACCCACACAACUCCUCCUACAACCGGCAACUCCACCCGCGUCCCUACACAGCAGGCUCAAACUUCACCUCAGGAGUCUGGAUCAGUCAUAGUCAAGGUGCACUAUUCAUAUACCAUGGCUCUGAGAGUCCCUUUAGAAACUUCUUUCCGGGAUCUGCAAGACAAAAUCACUGAAAAAUUAGGACAGCCUCCAAUGAACGUUCGCCUCAGACACAGAAGGAAUGGCACCAGAGCACUAACACCAUUAAAUGGUGAUGAUAGACUGGAUAGCCUGGAAGAUGUGGCUGAAUACGGAUGUGCCCAGAUUUGGUGCCAGAACGAGGAACCUCUGGCCAACAGGGCCAUUCUCUAUCAGAUGGUGGCACUGUAUGACUACAGUGCACAAGGCCCAGAGGAUUUAGAAUUCAGUGAAGGCGACACAAUUGACAUUCUGAGUGAAGUGAAUGAUGAGUGGUUAGAAGGACACAUUGCUGGAAAUAUCGGCAUCUUCCCUCGAAGUUUUGCUUAUCGGGAUACAGACCACAUCAGUGGGGCAUCAACAGAUUGACACAGCCUCUAAACAUCAACAGUGGCUGUAUUAGCCUUCAGUGAAUAAGAACUUUCUCAUGUGCAUCGACAGUCUUGAGGGGCCCAUCUGUUAAAAAUGAUUAUUUAUCUCCAUGCCAAAAUUUGUCUGUGCCUAACUGCUGUCUCAAUGAACAUGAUCAUAAUAACUUUUGAGCAUACAUUUUAAAAUUUGAAAUCAAAAUAAUUCCUACUCUCUCUCUCUCUCUCUCUCUCUCUCUAUAUAUAUAUAUAUAUAUAUAUAUAUAUAUGUAUGUUUUUUUACUUAAUGAGAUUACAGCGGUAUUUAAUUGCUUUUAACUGGAACAUCCAUAUUCUGUCUAAAUUAGAUGCCAACUGGAAACUCUUGGCUUGCCUUACAGAGUGAGUUCAUUUAAUAUUAAUAGAAAAGUGAGAAUUUCAGGUACUAUUUGAGAUCACAAAACAGGGCGGCUAGAGGCCAAAUCCAAAGUUUUAAAUAGUGCUCCAUGGGAUGCCAGUUUUAGUUUACAUCAUUGCCACCCACCUCUUCUUAACCUGCAGCUGACAUUGGUAUCUAUCAUAUACAAAAUGAACAGCAGAGCAAUGCAGCAAAAAGAGAUGAUUUAACUUGCAUCACACCCAUACAAUACACAGCGCUGGCAGAUUUUAUUUCCGACUUGGUCAGAUGUCACAAAAUGGCUUUUAAAUCAGCCCUGUCCUGUAGUGAGAGCUGAAUACACCUCAGCGAGGUAUCUGUAAUGCAGUGUUUAAUGGCGUGGUGUGCUCUGUCAGACUGGGCACUGGGGCAUGGCACUGCAGCAUACGAUCACUCUGCUCUUUUAUAUUGCUGUAAUUAUGUGGUUGGCAGAGCCCAGCUUGAUGCACAUUUCCCUCAAUUCCCAUUAAACAUUCUGCUAUUAAUCAAA